AUGGCCGAAUUUCUAAGUAAAAAAAAUACAAACAAACCUAAAAAACCAGAAUACUUCUUGGAACCAGAUUCUGAAGGUAGAGUUACCUGUAUUUUAUUUAUGUAUUUAACUAAUGAUAACAAAUUUAUAAAGUAAUUAAAAAAUAUUGUUAAUUGUAGAUUUUUCUGUACCUGAUUAUAAAAAUGAUGAUGAUUUUGAUGAAGCCUUUAAACAUUUAUUACUUCCUAUUGAAUUUAUUUCAAAAACAAACAAUUUUGAACAUCAUCAAUGUGAUUUGUCAAAGGUGAAAUAUAAAGUUAAUUUUUCAAUAAAUAUUACUAAAAAUUAAAAAUAAUAUUUCUAUUCAUUUCAGGAAUUAGAUUCAUAUUUAAAUCAUUUAAGAGUAUCUGAAGAUGAAAGCUCUUCAGUUUUUGUGGAAGCCGCAUUAAUGUUACAAAAUGUAACAUUAAUUUACCAUAAGAAAGUUGAUCAAAUAGUUGAUGACAUGAUGAAACUUGUUGGAAAAUUUCAAUCAUAGUAAGUUGUGUAUUAUUACUUUUAAUCAAGUUACUAUAGCUCAACAAUUAGUUUUUCUGUUCAUGAAAUACAUAUAUAUAAUUAUAUAAUAUAUGCUUUAAGGUUUUUAAGAUAAGCGCUUAUCCUGAAAAAAUUUAAAAGUAAUACAAUUUACAGGAUAACCAUUAUAGUUUUAGAUAUUUUUCUAAUAAAUAUCACUUAAAAAAACAAAAUAUUAGACGAUGUUCGAUUAGUGUAAAAAUAUUAAAUAAAAAUAAAACAAAUUCAAAAAUAAACCCCCUGAUUAUUAUAUUUGUAAGAUUUGUUUUAGUUUUUUAAAUGUUAUGGAAAUCUGUUGGGAAUCUUGACAUAUUUUACAAUUUUGGUUAAUUGGGUGUAAAAUUUGUAUUUUAUAAAGUAUAAUGCAAAUAAUUUGGAACCUUCUUAGUUUUUACUAACCAAAACUGUUUUCCUAAAAAUUAAAAACCACAUCAUGGUAAAAUUACUAGUUUUUUUCAUGACACUUGUAAUCUAAAAUUUAAAAAAAGAACCUAAAAAUUAAAAUUAGCUUAUAAAAAAUGAAUGAAAAGUACUUUUGAAAAAAUGUUAACUCCACAAUCCAUAUGGCAAAAUAAAUACUUUGAAUGGAUGCGAGCUGAUGGAGGUUAAUCAAAUUUACUUAGAAACAUAUUUUCUUUAUAAUGAUUUAUCAUUGCAUUCAGUAAUUUAAUUAAACUAUACCAUACUUAUAUGCUAUCUUUCCAAAUUCUCACCUAUAACAUCAAACGAAAAAUAUAAUUUAUCACUGUACAAGGAUUAUAAGGAUAAUACAGAGUGUCCCACGGUGUGUUCUACGGAUACCCGGAUACUAUAGUAUGUAUAGUUCCUGAAUACAAACAUACUAUUCGUAGAUUUUAGACAAGCAUAAGACUCAGUUAAAUGAGAAGCCAUAUAGAAAUACCUAGAACUGUUUGGUAUACCAGUCAAGUUAAGAAGAAUAAUCAGAAUGUGUGUAGAAACAACUAGAUGUAAAGUUCGAUUUGGACAAGCACAUUCUGAAGUUUUAAAUCACAAUUGGACUAAAGCAAGGAGAAGCACUAUCUCCUAUACAUUUAAAUAUGGCCCUAGAUGUGAUAGCUUGAAGCAUAGAUACUAAAUAUAAAGUAAUUGACGUCGGAAAAUCAGUGUCAAACCUAUCAUAUGCCAAUGAUAUUGUGGUACUUGGGGAAACUGAAGACGAUGAAAAACUAGCAACAGAAGAAUUAAUACGAAGCGCAAAUAGGAUUUGAAAUAAACAAAAAUAAAACCAAGUAUAUGUGCAUUAUAAGAGAGCAACUAUAAAUAUAUAGAUCGGAAAUUACAAAUUUAAAAAAUACAUAGUUUUAAAUAUCUAGAUAUUAGUUUACUAAUAUGAGGUGUAGAGAAAAUAUUGACAUGCAUGAUAAAGAUUUUUUUUUUAAAUAUUUACUUACCUAUACCUUAUACCCCCUACUAUAACAUCCCUUAUAACCUAUAUUGUUUACAAUUUAAGAUUUGUAUAAAUAUUAAAUAAUGAUAAUUCAUCAAUAUUCUUAAUGUAAAUAUUGUUUAUACAAGUCGGGCAAACACCAAUGAGAUUGAUGAGGCAGCAGAAAAAGUGGAAGGUAACAAAAAGAAAAAAGUUGAGAAAAAAAAAAAAAUUUAUUCUUCUUUUGAACCAAUUGAAGUACAACUUUACAACCCAUGUAAGUAUACAUCAUUGUUAUUAACUAACCAUUAACAACUGUUACAGAUAUAAUUUUAUCGAAAUUAUUAGUUUCUCGCAUUAGGUAAUUAAUUAAAUAAUUUCAGAGAUUAAUUUGGAAUAAAUGGGGGAGGGGAAAUUUUCCCAUUGCUUUUUUUACAAAGAAAAAUUAAUAAUAAAAUAAAUUGCACAGGCGACAGGAAAGAGAAAAUUUGGUAUAAGUUAAAAAUAGGCUUGAGUUGUAGAGUUGUGUAAGACUUGAUAGAGGAGGAUUAAGGAUAAGUAGAUUUUUGGUGGAAUAGAACAAAACAGCUAACAAUAAACGGCUAUAGGCAUGAUUGAGAGUUUUAAAUAUUUAGUAUCUUUUGUACAAAAGAACGGUGACGUGUAGGGGAUGUAAAGUAUAAGAUUAAAUGUGGUUGGAGAAAGUAGAGAGAGAAACCCCUGGUGUUUUAUGUAACAAUAAAAUUCCAAUGAGGAUUAAAUGUAAGUUCUACAAGAGUGUGAUGAGACCGGCUAUGUUAUAUGGUUUGGAAUCUUAGUCAGUAAACAGAAAAAUAGAACAAAAAAUGAGUUUACCAGAGUUGAGAAUGCUUAGUUGAAGAAUGAGUAGAAUGAUGAGAUAAGAUAAGAGAUGAGUACAUAAAAGGUAACUUGGGGCGUGAUUUGAUAAUAUACAAUAUAAAAAAAUAAUAAAAUGGUUUGGGGCACAAGUCACGGGGAGAGAAGAAUCUGAAGAAGCAGUAAGAAUUGUAAUGAAAAUAAACGUAGAGAUAGAGAGGAAGACCGAAAAAAUGUGUUUGGAUGCAAUUGAGAAUUAUCCGCCGGCUGUAUGUGAGGUUGGGAUGUCUGAUCAAUUGGAAGUAUAAAACGAGGGUAUCCAACCCCAAAUAGUUAGGAUGAACUGUUUGAGUUAUUUCAAGCUAAUUAAAAAUAUUUAGUAUUUCUAGUUUUUUUUUUAGUUUUAUAUGAAUACGAUUUUUGGCUUCUCAAAAAUGAUCAAACAUUUGAUAUAAUAAGGUUCAUAAUUAAUUUGUUUUAAUAAAAAUUAAUACAAUUUUUAAUUAUUAUUAUUAUUAUUAUAUUUAUAUUUUAUUAUCAAAAAAUGUUUAACCAUAAAUCAUUUAUAUGUGUACAAUAAUAAACUUAAUAAUUACUCUAUGUAUAAUUCUACCUUUCCAACAUCCCAUCUACAUCAUUGGCUUUCUCAUCAUCCUAAUUCUCAUUUUAAUGGUCUGUAAAUAGUACUCGUUCAUACAAUUUUUUAUGCUUGUAAAAUUAUAAUCAUUUUUUUAAUUCUGGGAGAGAGUUAUGGGGUACAUACCCCUGUAUUCUAUGAGUACAAACUCGAUGUAUAUAAUAUUAUGCAUAUAAAGGUUAUGUUAGCAAAAAUUGCCAAAUUAAAACACAUUAAAGUGUAGAUAAAAUAUGAGAAUUCAUUUUUUUAUAUCUCUAAUCUAUUAUUAUGUACAUAUUAUUCAAAUUGUUAUCAAUUUUUAAUUGCUAAUGUUAUAAACUUUUUUUAUAUGGUUUUGUUUAUUAUUUAGUACAAAAAUUUGACUGCAAGGAUAUAAACCUGAGUACAUUGCCACCAAUACCAAGAAUAGUACUCAACACUAAUAUAAAAGUUACUAAUAAGUACAAUAAAGCCUUGCCCUAUAUUAAUAAUGGAAAUGGAGGAAACAUUGGGAAGAAAUAUGACUUUAUGUAUGAAUUUCAUAAAUAUUUUAAUGUUUUGUUAUUUUAUUGUUAUUAUUGCUACUUACAGCCUAAAUCUUCCUUUAAACCGUGAUUUGGCCUUAAGUGAAGAAUUUUAUCGCCCUAUCAAUGGAAAUCAUAAAUCUAUGAAUUAUAUAAAGAGCACUGAUCUAGUAAAUAUUUUUAUUAACAGUUAGUUAAACAUUUUAAUUUUAAUUUAAUACUAUUAUAAUGUUUAGGCAUCAAUGAAUUUAAUGGAUGUUGAUGAUGCCAAUACUAAUGGCACAAAUCAAAAUACUUCUGAUCGUCCCGAUCCAGUAAUUUUUGAUGAGACUCUCAUGAAUGAAGUUUGUUCUGCCAAUGCAGUAUUACGAUUGUAUGUAAAUACAAUUUAUCAUAAUAAAAACUAGUUUUAUAUGAUAAGAAUUAUUUUACAGGCCACCAAAUAUUCUAGAUAUUAGCCAAAUUUGUGAUGAAAACAUUUAUAAUAGUAAACCAUGGUUUUCCGUUGAAAAUAAAAAGGAUAAUUUUUAUCUUGAUAAACCUACUGUAAAAAAAAAAAUUGUCAUAAGAGAAGAAGUAUGUAUUAUUCCUUGCUUGUACUGUUAACUUAAAACUAGUUGAAGCAGUGGUUUAAUUAAUGUGUUAAAGAUACUUUUUAAACUUUAAAGAGUUUUAAUUUGUACUCAAUUUCUAGAAAAGUAAUGUAUUCUAUUUACCGUCAUAUACAUUUGAUGGAUUGUAUGGUAAAUCAUUGAAGUUGAAAUUGGAAUUAAUUAUUACUGUUUAUCUUGGACCUAAUUUGCCAUUAGGAGAUUUAAUAUUCGAUGGUUAUGGUAAAAAGAAACAAGAAAAUCCUACUACUAAAAUACAAAAGACUGGUAAGUUUUAUAAGAGCAUCUUGUAGUUUUUAUUCUAAACUAUUGUGAACAAAAAAGUUAUAGCCAUGCUAAUCUCUAUUUAAGUGGCAUAUCUUUAAAGGGUGUUGUUUGUUAUUAUGCCUACCUUUCUUCAUUUUACAGUACAAAGAAAAGUUCAAAAAUUUGUAUCUUUACUAAAUUGCUUUUGAUCCUUCUUUGAAUAAUUAAUUUUAAAACAUUAAUUUAAGCUCAUCUCAUCGUAAAUAACAAAAUAUAAUUUCAUGGUCGCCAUUAAGUUAGACUGACAGUAAAUGUGGUUGUAAUGCUCCUCAAAUAAAUUAUGAAAUUGUUAAAAGAUUUUCAAUAAUAAUACUUUUUUUUUUUUUUAGAUGAUGUUAAGGAAACUGAAGAACAAUUAAAUAAUGGUAUGUUAUAAAUAAAAGUUUAAAAUUCAUUAACAAUUUCAUUUCUUUAGUUUAGUGUUAAGGUUAACCUAAAAAAUAUUCUGACAUUUUAGAUUAUGAACACAGUCGGAGAUAUUUUAGUUUAACUAUUAUGUUUUUUUUUCUUUCUGUAAACAAAUCUUGUACCAGAAAUCUGGCUUUGAUUUUCAAGUAUAGUAUUUUUUCCGGAAAAAAAAAUUGUUUUGUUAAUGUGUAGGAAGGUAAUUUUUUGAUUUUCUAAUAAUUAUGAAAAACUUGGGAAAUAUCCAGCAAUAACUGUAUUAUUAUUUAUCAAUAUUGUAACUGUGUUAAAAAUAAUCUUAGAGACCUGAACUUUUCUCAGAAUACUCAUCUCCUCUCCUGGCAAUUAAUGAGCUAUUUAAAGACAUUUGACAUAUAGUUUAUUUUAUGGAUUAAAUUGUUUUGGUCAAGCAGAAAUACUUAAAAAUAUAACAUGGGAUUUAUCAUAUGUAUUUUAUUAUUUUCCUAGAUGACUUAUAAUAUUUAUGAUUACUUAUAUAGAUAUUGUACAUUUUUAGUGACUCAAUGUAUUAUUUAUGGUAUUGUAAUGAUAUUCUUAAUUUGAGACUAUAAUUUUUUAUUAAAACUUUAUAAAUAGAAUAUUUCCAAAAAUUAUUAUUUAUUAGAUAGUGAAUUAAAAAUUACAAGUUGGUAAAACAAUAAAAGAAAAACAAAAUACAAUAUAUUAAAUUAAAAAAGCAUUAUGAUUUGAGCGUUAUGGGAGUUUUUUGUGAGGAUAGUAUCCUAUUAAAGUAUAUUUUGUAUUACAUCCUAUUGUACAUGAGUAAUUCUCAUUAUAUUUCUAGUUUUAAAGUUAAAUAUUGUAUGAUAUGAUAUGAUGGAUGUAGAAAGCUAUGAGAUUCCAAUAUAAAAUAUAAAUUAUUGUUUUUUAUUUAUCUAAAUACUCAUGAUUUUUUUGUAAAAGGUUUUAAUUUUACUAUUAUAUUUGUUAUUUGUUUUUGUAGUAGUCAAUAUUAAUUUUAAAUUGAUAUUCACUUAAUAGAAUACCUUCUGACUUUCACAUUGAAUUUUUUUUUUUUCCAUGUUCCAAUUAUAAAUAUUAAAUAAUAAAAUAAAUAAUUGUACACGAGUCGUUUUGGUGAUAUGAAAUUUUUUUUAUGAACAGACCCAGAACCUGAUGCUGAAGAAGAUAUCCUAACAUGUCAAAAUAAUGAUGUUGACAUGAGAAGACAAGAUGAAGACAAUCAAAUGGAAAUUGUAAGUUGAAUUUAGAAUUACAUUGCUAGAAUAUAGUUUGUUUUCUUAUUUAUUUUAGAUGGAUGAUCAACGGGAUAUGAAUAAACGAGUUGAAGCUUGGCAUAAUAACUUACGCCUAAUUUUAAAAGAAGAAGAAGAAAGAACUGAGUUUGAUGUACACUUAUAUGGUACAUACAUUUUAAAUUGUUUCAGCCAUGUAGGCGAAAAAAGGUCAUUUAAGGAGUUGGUUCAAGGAAUGAACAGUAUCGAAAUUCCUCGAUAUUUUUUAUCAGUUUUAAUGAUGGUAAGUAAUAUAUAAUUUAAUUUUUAAUUAUUAUUUAAAUGUUACUUUUAUUUUAUUUAGGCUAAUACAUCUAAUUUGAAGAUAAUUAAUUCUGAUGAUGAAAUAUUUAUAACACUAUUAAAAAAAGAAAGACAUCAUGAAGAACUCCAAGUAAAUAUUGGUAAUCAAAUAAACCAAGACUGA